AUGAAAGGGGAAAUAAUUCAGUUGAUGCAUGAAUUCCACACCAAUGAAAAGUUGUCAAGAGGGAUCAACAGUUCAUUUAUUGUUCUUAUUCCCAAGAAGGACAACCCUAUAGGUUUGGGGGACUACAGACCAAUUAGCUUGGUCAGUUCAGUCUAUAAAGUCUUGGCCAAGGUGUUGUCUAGAAGACUCAAGAGGGUUCUUCCAUCUGUGAUCAGUGAAGUCCAAUCUGCCUUUGUUAUGGAAGCACUUAAUUUGUUACUGAGGAGGGCUACUGAGAAAGGCUUAUUCCAAGGUGCUAUUGUUGGUUCUCAAGAGUUGAGUGUAUCUCACCUCCAAUUUGCAGAUAAUACCAUCAUUUUCUGUGAAAGGGAUUUGGAGGAGGUGAAGAAUUUAAAAGGAGUGUUGAGGUGCUUCGAGGUGAUGUCUGGGCUGAAAAUUAACUACCACAAGAGUGUUGUUUGUGGGGUGGGCUUUCAAAAGGAACAAACUAAAAAGUUUGCUCAGACCUUGAAUUGUCUAACUAAGAGGAUGCCUUUUAACUUCUUAGGUCUACCUUUAGGGGCCAACCCAAGAAGGAAGAACAUUUGGGUCCCAGUAGUGGAAAAAGUUAAAAAAAAGCUAUCCUCCUGGAAAAGGAAGCUGUUAUCUUUCACUGAUAGAUUGUCUUUGGUUAAAUCUAUUCUGUCUAAUUUGCCCAUCGAUUUUCUCUCAUUGUUCAGGAUGCCUAAGGGGGUUGUAAGGUCUAUAGUGAAGCUACAGUCUUCCUUUCUAUGGGGAGGGUCAGAGAAUAAGAAGAAGGUGCACUUGGUUCAAUGGAGGGAGGUCACCAAAAGUAAAUGGCAAAGAGGCUUAGGAGUGAGAGAUGUAGGAGAGGUGAAUGAUGGCUUGCUGUUAAAAUGGUGGUGGAGGUAUGGGAAAGAAGACAAAGCUUUAUGGAAAUCUGUGUUAUGCUCUAGGUAUAGCAGAAUUGGUGGGGGUUGGAUGCCACCAGUGUCUCACACAGGUGGGAUGUCUAAUAUCUGGCAGGACAUUGUGAAGCUACCUGCAGUCAACCAGCAUCUGGGAGAUUUUUAUGAGGACCAUUUUAAAGUAUUUGUUGGUAAUGGGAAGAGAAUACUUUUCUGGUCUAAUGACUGGUGCUUAGAAGAGCAGUGCAGGGGUGUGACAGCUACAGUUCAGAAGAAGGCUGUUUGCUUGGGAAGAAGAGGAGCUGUAGAGGUUAUUAAGCCUGUUGGCUUCAUCCCCUGCAAUCAGAUCUGA